CCGGGCAAACUUGGCUCCUCCUCGGCCCGUCUCCGGCCCUCGCGCACGGUGUUCGCCUGCCUUUGGCGCUGCAGCUUCGCCCUGGACGGAAGGCUCCGGAGAUGCGGCCGCCCGGGUCCCGGCAGCGCGGGCGGAUGGCACUCUGCUUGGGGACACGCUGAAAGAUCGGAGGCAGGCAAAGUUGGGACCUGAGACUCGGCUCUCAGGGAGUAUCUAACCGCGUGGGCCUUACGGAGCUGCCGGGGACGUCAAGGCGGAGCGUCGGAGACUCCACCGGGCUGUCCCCAUUAAAAUGGCCUGAAGGAUGACUGCGUUAACUCGGAACCAAGGUUCCUGAGAGCUAAGCAAUGGGGAGACACUUGGCCUUUCUUCUGCUUCUGCUCCUCCUUCUCCAGCAUUUUGGAGACAGUGGUGGAAGCCAAAGACUUGAGCAGACUUCUCUCCAUUUUACACACGUCCAGUACAACGUUACUGUGCGUGAAAACUCUGCAGCUAAGACCUACGUUGGGCAUCCUGUGAAGAUGGGUAUUUACAUCACAAAUCCACUGUGGGAGUUAAGGUACAAAAUCGUCUCAGGAGACAAUGAAAACCUGUUCAAAGCUGAGGAGUAUGUUCUUGGAGACUUUUGCUUUCUAAGAAUAAGGACCAAAGGAGGAAAUACCGCUAUUCUUAAUAGAGAAGUGAAAGACCAUUACACCUUGAUAGUCAAAGCAGUCGAAAAGAACAGUAAUGCUGAAGCGCGAACCAGGGUCAGAGUGCAGGUGCUGGAUACAAAUGACCUGAGACCAUUGUUUUCACCAACCUCCUACAGUGUGUCAUUGCCUGAAAACACAGCCAUAAGGACCAGUAUUGCAAGGGUGAGUGCCACGGAUGCGGACAUAGGGACCAACGGAGAGUUUUACUACAGUUUUAAAGACCGAACAGACAUGUUUGCUAUCCACCCAACCAGUGGUGCAGUGGUUUUAACUGGUAGACUUGAUUAUGCAGAGACCAGGCUCUAUGAGAUGGAGAUUCUGGCCGUGGACCGUGGAAUGAAAUUGUAUGGUAGCAGUGGCAUCAGUAGCAUGGCCAGACUAACAGUUCACGUGGAACAGGCCAAUGAGUGUACACCUGUGAUAGCAGCAGCAACAUUAGCGCCCUCAGAACUGGACCGAGACCCAACGUAUGCAAUUGUGACAGUGGACGACUGUGACCAGGGUGUCAGUGGGGAAAUAGCUGCUUUGAGCAUUGUGGCAGGCGAUUCCCUUCAGCAGUUUAGGACGGUGAGGUCUUCUCCAGGGAGUAAAGAAUAUAAAAUCAAAGCAGUUGGCACCCUUGACUGGGAGAGCCAUUCUUUUGGCUAUAAUCUGACACUUCAGGCUAAAGAUAAAGGAAGUCCUCCCCGGUUUUCUUCUCCAAAAAUAAUUCAUGUGGCUUCUCCACGUUUUAAAACAGGGCCGGUCAAGUUUGAAAAGGAUGUUUACCGAGCAGAAAUAAGUGAAUUUGCUCCUCCCAACACACCUGUGGUCAUGGUAAAGGCCACACCUGGUUACUCCCACUUGAGGUAUGUUUUUAAAAGUACACCUGGAAAAGCUAAAUUCAGUUUAAAUUCCAACACCGGCCUCAUAUCCAUUUUAGAACCAAUUAAAAGACAGCAGGCAUCCCAUUUUGAACUGGAAGUAACAACAAGUGACAGAAAAGCCUCCACCAAAGUCGUGGUUAAAGUCUUAGGCACAAAUAGCAACGCCCCUGAAUUUACGCAGACGGCGUACAAAGCAUCUUUUGAUGAGAAUGUGCCAGUUGGAACUAGCGUCAUGAGCGUGAGUGCUGUGGACCCCGACGAGGGUGAGAAUGGAUAUGUGACGUACAGUAUUGCAAACUUAAAUCACGUGCCGUUUGUGGUUAACCAUUUCACUGGUGCUGUGAGUACUUCAGAAGACUUGGACUAUGAACUGAUGCCUCGGGUUUAUACUGUCAGGAUUCGAGCUUCAGACUGGGGCUCGCCGUACCGCCGGGAAGUGGAAGUCCUAGCCACAAUUACUCUCAAUAACUUGAAUGACAACACGCCAUUGUUUGAAAAAAUAAACUGUGAAGGCACGAUUCCCAGGGACCUGGGCGUGGGAGAGCAGAUAACUACAGUGUCUGCCAUCGAUUCUGAUGAACUGCAGUUGGUGCGCUACUGGAUUGAAGCUGGAAAUGAACUGGAUUUGUUCAGCUUGAACCCUACCUCUGGGGUGCUGUCGUUAAAGCAGUCACUAACGGAUGGCUCAGGUGCAAAGGUGUCUUUUCACAGUCUGAGAAUUACUGCUACAGACGGAGAGAAUUUUGCCACGCCGUUAUACAUCAACAUGACCGUGACUGCCAGUCGCAAGCCAGUCAACUUGCAGUGUGAAGAGACUGGCGUGGCCAAGAUGCUGGCCGAGAAACUCCUGAAGGCAAAUAAAUUACACAGCCAAGGAGAGGUCGAGGAUAUUUUCUUUGAUUCUCAUUCUGUCAAUACUCACACACCACAGUUCGGAAGUACUCUUCCAACCAGCGUUGAGAUAAAGGAAAACCAUCCUGUGGGUUCCAGUGUGAUUUUCAUGAAUGCCACCGACCUUGACACAGGCUUCAACGGGAAACUGGUCUAUGCUGUCUCUGGAGGAAAUGAGGAUAGUUGCUUCACUAUUGACAUGGAAACAGGAAUGCUAAAAAUUUUAUCUCCACUUGACCGUGAAUCAACAGACCAGUACACCCUGAAUGUUACUGUAUAUGACCUUGGUAUACCACAGAGGGCUGCUUGGCGUCUUCUCGGUGUCACAGUUCUGGAUGUCAAUGACAAUCCCCCUGAGUUUCUGCAGGAGAGCUAUUUUGUUGAAGUGAGCGAAGACAAGGAGCUAGGUAGUGAAAUCAUCCAGGUUGAAGCCACAGAUAAAGACCUCGGGCCCAAUGGACAAGUGACCUACUCCAUUCUUACAGACACAGACAAGUUUUCGAUCAAUAGCACGACUGGGGUUGUUAAAAUUGUCCGCCCCUUGGAUCGUGAAGAGCGGCACCUGCAUUAUUUAAAGGUUGAAGCCAGGGAUCAAGCUAGAGAAGAACCCCAGUUGUUUUCCACCGUGCUGUUGAAAGUGUCGUUGGAAGAUGUUAACGACAACCCGCCCAAGUUUAUUCCAUCUCAUUACCGAGUGAAAGUUCGAGAAGACCUUCCAGAAGGAAGCAUAGCCAUGUGGCUAGAGGCCUAUGAUCCUGACGUAGGUCAGUCUAGUCAAGUGCGAUACAGUCUUCUGGACCACGGAGAAGGCCAUUUUGAUGUCGAUAAACUCAGCGGAGCACUGAGAAUCAUACAGCAGUUAGACUUUGAGAAGAAGCAAGUGUAUAAUCUCACCGUAAGGGCCAGAGACAAAGGAAGACCGAUUUCUCUGUCGUCUAUGUGCUACGUUGAAGUUGAGGUAAUUGAUGUGAAUGAGAACCUACACCCGCCGGUGUUCUCCAGCUUUGCGGAAAAGGCUGCAGUGAAAGAAGAUGUACCCAUUGGCUCGUCAGUCCUGACGGUGUCGGCUCAUGACGAGGACCCAGGAAGAGAUGGGGAGAUCCGGUAUUCCAUUCGAGAUGGUUCUGGUGUUGGCGUUUUCAGAAUAGAUGAAGAGACAGGCGUCAUAGAAACUUCAGAUCGACUGGACCGUGAGCUGACCUCUCACUACUGGCUGACAGUCUACGCGGCCGAUCAGGGUGUCGUGCCCCUCUCCUCGUUCAUAGAGAUCUACAUAGAGGUGGAGGAUGUCAACGACAAUGCCCCACAGACAUCGGAGCCUGUGUAUUACCCAGAAAUACUGGAAAAUUCCCCCAAGGAUGUGUCCGUGGUCCAGAUUGAGGCCUUCGAUCCAGAUUCUAGCUCUGACGACAAGCUGACAUACAAAAUUACAAGUGGGAAUCCACAAGGAUUCUUCUCAGUACACCCCAAAACAGGUCUCAUCACAACCACGUCCAGGAAACUAGACCGAGAACAGCAAGACGAACACAUUUUAGAAGUGACCGUGACAGACAAUGGUAGUCCCCCCAAGUCAACAAUUGCAAGAGUGAUUGUGAAAAUCCUUGAUGAAAAUGACAACAAACCUCAGUUCCUGCAAAAAUUCUACAAAAUCAGACUCCCAGAGCGGGAAAAACCAGAACGAGAAAGAAAUGCCAAGCGAGAGCCUCUGUAUCGUGUUAUAGCUACGGACAAAGACGAAGGUCCCAAUGCCGAAAUCUCCUACAGCAUCGAAGAGGGAAACGAGCAGGGCAGAUUCUUCAUUGAACCAAAAACUGGAGUGGUUUCGUCCAAGAAGUUUUCUGGAGCUGGAGAAUAUGAUAUUCUUUCAAUUAAGGCAGUUGAUAAUGGUCGCCCUCAAAAGUCCUCGACCACUCGACUCCAUAUUGAAUGGAUCUCCAAGCCCAAACCAUCCCUGGAGCCCAUUUCGUUUGAAGAAGCCUUUUUUACCUUUACUGUGAUGGAAAGCGACCCAGUUGCUCACAUGAUUGGAGUGAUAUCUGUUGAGCCUCUGGGCACACCUCUUUGGUUCGACAUCAUUGGUGGCAACUAUGACAGCCAUUUUGAUGUGGACAAAGGCACCGGAACUAUCAUUGUUGCCAAACCUCUUGAUGCAGAACAAAGAUCAAACUACAACCUUACGGUGGAGGCUACCGAUGGGACCACAACCAUACUCACUCAGGUAUUCAUCAAAGUAAUAGACACAAAUGAUCACCGCCCUCAGUUUUCUCCAUCAAAAUACGAGGUGGUUAUUCCUGAAGACACAGCGCCAGACACAGAAAUUUUGCAAGUCAGUGCCAUAGACAAGGAUGAGAAAAACAAACUCAUCUACACUCUGCAGGGUAGCAUCGAUCCCUUGAGUCUCAAGAAAUUUCGUCUCGACCCUGCAACUGGCUGUCUCUAUACUUCUGAAAAGCUCGAUCACGAAGCCGUUCACCAGCAUAUCCUCACAGUGAUGGUACGGGAUCAAGAUGUUCCCGUAAAGCGCAACUUUGCAAGGAUCGUGGUUAACGUCAGUGAUACGAAUGACCACGCGCCGUGGUUCACCAGUUCCUCCUACAAAGGACGGGUGUAUGAGUCGGCAGCCAUCGGCUCAGUUGUGCUGCAGGUUACAGCUCUGGACAAGGACAAAGGGGAAAAUGCUGAAGUGCUAUACUCCAUUGAGUCAGGAAAUAUUGGAAAUUCUUUUACAAUUGAUCCCAUCUUGGGCUCUAUAAAAACUGCCAAAGAAUUAGAUCAAAGUCAGCACUCGGAAUAUGACCUAAUGGUAAAAGCUACUGAUAAAGGAAAUCCACCCAUGAGUGAAAUAACGUCUGUGCACAUCGCUGUCACCAUUGCUGACAACGCCGCUCCUAAGUUUACAUCAAGAGAAUACUCUGUUGAAAUCAGUGAAACUCUCCGCACUGGGAGUUUUGUGGUCGUGGUUAUGGCCCACAGUCAGUCAUCAGUGGUAUAUGAAAUAAAAGAUGGAAAUAUCGGUGAUGCUUUUGAUAUUAAUCCACAUUCUGGAAGUAUCACCACCCAGAAAGUCCUGGAUUUUGAGACUUUGCCCACGUAUACGUUGGUGAUACAAGGAACCAACAUGGCGGGCUUGUCCACAAAUACGACUGUUGUGGUGCACCUGCAGGAUGAAAAUGACAACUUGCCAGUUUUUACGCAGGCACACUAUACAGGACUCGUUAGCGAGUCAGCCUCAAUUAACAGCGUGGUCCUGACAGACAGCAAUGUCCCAUUAGUGAUUCGAGCAGCUGAUGCUGACAGAGAAUCAAAUGCUUUGCUUGUUUAUCACAUCGUUGAACCCUCUGUACACAAAUAUUUUGCCAUUGAUUCUAGCACUGGUGCUCUUCACACGGUACUGAGUUUGGAUUAUGAAGAAACAAGUGUUUUUCACUUUACCGUGCAAGUACAUGACAUGGGAACGCCACGUUUAUUUGCCGAACAUGCAGCCAAUGUGACUGUCCGUGUAAUUGACAUAAAUGACUGCCCCCCUGUGUUUCCCAAAUCGUUAUAUGAAGCAUCGCUUCUGUUGCCAACAUACAAGGGAGUGAAAGUCAUCACCGUCAACGCUACAGAUGCUGAUUCCGGUGCAUUCUCCCAGUUAAUGUACUCCAUCACCGAGGGCAACAUCGGGGAGAAGUUCUCUAUAGACUACAAGACUGGCUCUAUAACGGUACAGAAUACAGCUCAGCUCAGAAGCCGCUAUGAGUUAACCGUUAGAGCAUCCGAUGGCAGAUUUGCAAGCUUUGCCUCUGUGAAAAUUAAUGUGAAAGAAAGCAGAGAAAGUCAGCUGAAGUUCACCCAAGAUUUGUACUCUGCAGCAGUGAAAGAGAAUUCCACCGAAGUCAAAACAUUAGCUGUCAUUACUGCGAUCGGGAAUCCCAUCAAUGAGCCUCUGUUUUAUCACAUCCUCAACCCAGAUCGAAGAUUUAAGAUCAGCCGCACUUCAGGGGUACUCUCGACCACCGGCGUACCGUUUGAUCGUGAACAGCAGGAGGCCUUUGAUGUGGUGGUGGAAGUCACAGGAGAGCACAAGCCUUCAGCAGUUGCCCAUGUUGUCGUGAAGGUCACCAUAGAAGACCAAAAUGAUAAUGCACCAGUGUUUGUCAACCUUCCUUACUAUGCUGUGGUUAAAGUGGACGCUGAGGUGGGGCACGUCAUUCGCCAUGUUACCGCGGUGGACAGAGACAGUGGCAGGAAUGGAGACGUGCGUUACUACCUUAAGGAACAUCACGAACAUUUUCAAAUCGGGCCCUCUGGUGAAAUCUCACUGAAAAAGCAGUUUGAACCUGACACCCUAAAUAAGGAGUAUCUUGUCACGGUGGUUGCAAAAGAUGGCGGAAGCCCAGCGUUUUCUGCUGAAGUUAUAGUUCCCAUCACUGUUAUGAAUAAAGCCAUGCCUGUGUUUGAAAAGCCUUUCUACAGUGCAGAGAUUCCUGAGAAUAUCCAGUUGCACAGCCCAGUUGUCCACGUGCAAGCUAACAGCCCGGAAGGGCAGAAAGUGUUCUACAGUAUCACAGAUGGAGAUCCUUUUAGCCAGUUUACAGUCAACUUCAAUACGGGAGUUAUAAACGUCAUAGCUCCUUUGGAUUUCGAGUCCCACCCAGCGUAUAAAUUGUGCAUACGAGCAACUGACUCCUUGACGGGAGCCCACGCUGAAGUGUUUGUUGACAUUGUAGUGGGAGACAUCAACGACAACCCCCCUGUGUUCGUCCAGCAGGCUUACGCUGCAACCCUGUCUGAGGCCUCUGUCAUUGGAACAUCUGUCGUUCAAGUCAGGGCAACAGAUUCUGAUUCGGAACCCAAUCGAGGAAUUUCCUACCAGAUGUUUGGGAACCAUAGCAAGAGUCACGAUCAUUUUCACAUCGAUAGCAGCACUGGCCUCGUCUCACUCAUCAGGACUCUGGAUUAUGAACAGUUCCGGCAGUACCAGGUUUCUGUAAGGGCCAUUGAUGGCGGCAUGCCCCCCCUGAGCAGCGAUGUCAUUGUCACCGUGGAUGUCACUGACCUCAAUGAUAACCCGCCCCUGUUUGACCAGCAGGUCUAUGAAGCCAGAGUUAGUGAGCACGCCAUUCAUGGGCAUUUUGUGACUUGUGUAAAAGCCUACGAUGCAGACAGUUCAGACCUAGACAAGUUGGAAUAUUCCAUUCUGUCUGGCAAUGAUCAUAAGAACUUUGUCAUUGACAGUCAAACGGGGAUCGUCACGCUCUCAAACCUGCGCCGGCACACCCUGAAGCCGUUUCACCAGCUUAACAUUUCUGUUUCUGACGGAGUUUUCAGAAGUUCAGCUCAGGUUCAGGUAACUGUAAUCGGAGGCAAUUUGCACGGUCCUGUUUUUCUUCAGAAUGAGUAUGAAGUGGAACUGGCGGAGAACGCUCCCUUACAUACCUUGGUGACGGAGGUGAAAGCAACGGAUGAAGAUUCUGGUAUUUAUGGUCACAUCACCUACCAUAUUGUAAAUGACUUUGCUAAAGACAGAUUUUACACAAAUGAGAGAGGACAGCUGUUUACUUUGGAAAAACUUGAUCGAGAAACCCCAGCCGAGAAAGUAAUCCCAGUUCGUUUAAUGGCUAAGGAUGCUGGGGGAAAAGUUGCUUUCUGCACUAUUAAUGUCAUCCUCACAGAUGACAAUGAUAACGCACCCCAAUUCCGAGCAACCAGAUAUGAAGUGAACAUCAGAUCUGACGCUCCCAAGGGGACAUCAGUCAUAAAAGUUCUCGCGAGUGACGCCGAUGAGGGGUCCAAUGCUGAUGUCACCUACACCAUCGAAGCAGAUUCUGAAAGCGUUAAAGAGAACUUGGAAAUCAACAAACUCUCUGGCUUAAUUACCACAAAGGAAAGCUUAAUUGGCUUAGAAAACGAGUUUUUCACCUUCUUCGUUAGAGCCAUGGAUAACGGGUCUCCGACAAAAGAAUCUGUCGUUUCCGUCUACGUUAAAAUACUCCCACCAGAAACGCAGCUUCCAAAAUUUUCAGAGCCGUUUUAUACCUAUACAGUUUCAGAAGACAUGCCUAUCGGGACAGAAAUAGACGUUAUCCGAGCAGAGCAUAGCGGGACUGUCCUUUAUAGCCUCAUCAAAGGGAACACUCCAGAAAGUAACCGGGAUGAGGUCUUUGUGAUUGACAGACAGAGUGGGAGGCUGAAACUGGAGAAGGCUCUGGACCAUGAGACAACUAAGUGGUACCAGUUUUCCGUACUAGCUCGGUGCACUCAUGACAACUCUGAGGUGGUGGCUUCUACAGAUGUUAGCAUUCAGGUAAAAGAUGCAAAUGAUAACAGUCCCGUCUUGGAGUCUAAUCCAUACGAGGCAUUUAUUGUUGAAAACCUACCAGGGGGAAGUAGGGUCAUCCAGAUCAGGGCAUCCGACACAGACUCGGGAACCAAUGGACAAGUUAUGUACAGUCUAGAUCAGACACAAAGUGUAGAAGUCAUUGAAUCUUUCACCAUUAACGUGGAAACAGGCUGGAUCACAACCCUAAAGGAACUUGACCAUGAAAAGAGAGACAAAUACCAGAUUAAAGUGGUUGCAUCAGACCAUGGAGAAAAGGUCCAGCUGUCCUCCAUGGCCAUCGUGGAGGUCACCGUCACUGAUGUCAACGACAGCCCACCACGGUUCACGGCAGAGAUCUAUAAAGGGACCGUAAGUGAAGACGACCCCCCAGGUGGUAUAAUUGCCAUCUUAAGUACCACAGAUGCUGACUCUGAAGAGAUUAACAGACAAGUUACAUAUUACAUAACAGGAGGGGAUCCUUUGGGACAGUUUGCUGUUGAAAACAUACAGAAUGAAUGGAAAGUCUACGUGAAAAAACCGCUGGACAGGGAAACAAAAGAUAAUUAUCUUCUGACUGUCACGGCAACCGAUGGGACCUUCUCAUCAAAAGCCAUCGUCGAAGUGAAAGUUCUGGAUGGAAAUGACAACGCUCCAGUUUGCGAAAAGACUGUGUAUUCAGACACCAUUCCAGAAGACGCCCUUCCCGGGAAGCUGGUUAUGCAGGUCUCUGCCACAGAUGCUGAUAUUCGUUCCAAUGCUGAGAUCACAUACACAUUGUUUGGCCAGGGUGCAGAAAAAUUCACACUAAAUCCAGACACAGGUGAACUGAAAACAUUGGCGCCACUGGAUCGUGAGGGGCAAGGGGUUUAUAAUCUUCUGGUCAAGGCUGCGGAUGGAGGCGGAAGGUUCUGCCAGGCUCAUGUCGUGCUGACGUUAGAAGACGUGAACGAUAACGCCCCUGAGUUCUCUGCGGACCCGUACACCAUCACCGUGUUUGAGAACACAGAGCCUGGGACGCUGCUGACCAGGGUGCAGGCCACAGACGCCGAUGCAGGCUUGAACCGGAAGAUUUCCUACUCGUUGACUAACUCUGCUGAGGGACAGUUCUCCAUUAAUGAGCUAUCUGGGAUCAUUCAGCUGGAGAAGCCUUUGGACAGGGAACUGCAGGCCGUAUACACUCUUACUUUGAAAGCUGUAGAUCAGGGUUUGCCGAGGAGGCUGACGGCUACUGGCACCGUUGUCGUCUCCGUUUUGGAUAUAAAUGACAACCCACCUGUGUUUGAAUACCGAGAAUAUGGUGCCACGGUGUCUGAGGACGUGGCCGUCGGGACAGAGAUUCUUCAAGUGUAUGCGGCAAGUCGGGAUAUCGAAGCAAAUGCAGAAAUCACCUACUCACUGAUAAGUGGAAAUGAACAUGGGAAAUUCAGCAUAGAUUCAAAAACAGGGGCCAUAUUCGUCAUUGAGAGUCUGGACUAUGAAAACUCUCACGAGUACUACCUGACUGUAGAAGCUACUGAUGGAGGCGCACCGCCGUUGAGUGAUGUCGCAACUGUGAACAUUAAUGUCACCGACGUCAACGACAACACCCCCGUGUUCAGCCAGGACACCUACACAGCAGUGGUCAGUGAGGACGCUGUGCUUGAACAGCCUGUCAUCACGGUUAUGGCCGAUGAUGCUGAUGGACCUUCAAACAGCCACAUCCACUAUUCAAUUAUUGACGGCAAUCAAGGAAGUCCAUUUACAAUUGACCCUGUCAAGGGGGAAGUAAAAGUGACCAAACUUCUAGACCGGGAAACAAUUUCAGGAUACACGCUCACUAUUCAGGCUUCAGAUAACGGCAUUCCGCCCAGGGUCAACACCACCACCGUGAACAUCGAUGUGUUUGAUGUCAAUGACAAUCCUCCAGUGUUCUCCAAGGGAAACUACAGCGUAAUCAUGCAGGAAAACAAGCCUGUGGGCUUCAGUGUCCUACAGCUGGUGGUGACAGACAGGGAUGCUUCUCAAAACGGUCCACCCUUCUUCUUUACUGUCGUGAGCGGGAAUGACCACCGAGCAUUUGAAGUUAACCAGCAAGGAGUCCUCCUGACGGCAGCUGCCAUCAAGAGAAAAGUGAAAGAUCAUUACUUGCUGCAUGUUAAGGUGGCAGAUAACGGGAAACCCCAGCUGUCAUCGUUGACGUAUAUCGACAUUAGGGUCAUUGAAGAGAGCAUCUAUCCACCUGCUAUUUUGCCCUUAGAGAUUUUUAUCACUGCCUUUGAAGAGGAGUACUCAGGUGGUGUCAUUGGGAAGAUCCACGCCACAGACCAAGACGUGUAUGAUACUUUAACCUACAGCCUUGACCCCCAGAUGGACAGCCUGUUCUCUGUCUCCAGCACAGGUGGCAAGCUGAUAGCACACGGAAAACUAGACCCAGGGCAGUACCUUCUCAACGUCAGCGUCACAGACGGAAAGUUUACGACCGUGGCCGACAUCAUGGUGCAUAUCAGGCAGGUAACGCAGGAGAUGUUGAACCACACCAUCGCGAUCCGCUUUGCCAGUCUGACUCCAGAAGAGUUUGUGGGCGACUACUGGCGCAACUUCCAGCGAGCUCUCCGGAACGUCCUGGGGGUGAGGAGGAACGACGUACAGAUCGUUAGCUUGCAGCCCUCUGAGCACCAUCCACAUCUAGACGUCUUACUUUUUGUAGAGAAGUCAGGUGGUGCCCAGGUUUCUACGAAAGUUCUUCUGCACAAGAUUAAUUCCUCUGUGACUGAUAUCGAGGAAAUCAUCGGUGUGAGGAUACUGGAUGUAUUCCAGAAACUCUGUGCAGGACUGGAUUGCCCGUGGAAAUUCUGUGAUGAAAAGGUGUCUGUCGAUGAAAACGUCAUGUCAACACAUAGCACAGCCAGACUGAGCUUUGUGACCCCCCGCCACCGGAGAACAGCUGUGUGUCUGUGCAAAGACGGAAAAUGCCCAGCUGUGCACCAAGGAUGUGAAGACAGUCCGUGCCCAGAGGGAUCUGAGUGUGUCCCUGAUCCCAGAGAGGAGAGAUACACCUGUGUGUGUCCUGGUGGCAGGUUUGCCGAGUGCCCAGGGGGUUCCUCUGUGACGUUUACUGGAAACAGCUUUGUGAAAUACCGUCUAAUGGAAAAUGAGAACAAACUAGAGAUGAAGCUGUCGAUGCGGCUGAGAACGUACUCCACUCAGGCGGUUGUGAUGUACGCUCGAGGAACGGACUACAGCAUCCUGGAGAUUCACAAUGGAAGACUGCAGUACAAAUUUGACUGUGGAAGUGGCCCAGGAAUUGUCUCCGUUCAAAGCAUUCAGGUCAAUGACGGGCAGUGGCACGCAGUGUCGCUUGAAGUGAACGGAAACUACGCUAGGCUGGUUCUAGACCAGGUCCACACCGCAUCAGGCACGGCCCCGGGGACUCUGAAGACCCUCAACCUGGAUAGCCAUGUGUUUUUUGGUGGCCACAUCCGUCAGCAAGGCACAAGGCAUGGAAGAAGCCCUCAAGUUGGUAAUGGUUUCAGGGGUUGUAUGGACUCCAUUUACCUGAAUGGGCAAGAGCUCCCUUUAAAUAACAAGCCAAGAAGCUAUGCGCACGUUGAAGAAUCGGUGGACGUGUCUCCUGGGUGCCUAUUAACAGCUGCAGAAGAGUGCUCAAGCAGUCCCUGCCAGAAUGGAGGCAUUUGCAGCCCAUCACCUACUGGAGGUUAUUACUGCAAGUGCAGUGCCGUGUACACAGGGACGUUCUGUGAGGUGAGCGUCAACCCCUGCUCCUCCAACCCUUGCCUCUACGGUGGCACGUGCCUGGUAGACAGCGGAGACUUUGUUUGCCAAUGCAGAGGGUUGUACACUGGCCAGAGGUGCCAGCUCAGCCCAUAUUGCAAAGAUGAGCCCUGUAAAAACGGUGGAACGUGCUUUGACAGUUUGGACGGUGCCGUUUGUCAGUGUGACUCAGGGUUUAGAGGAGAAAGGUGUCAGAGCGACAUCGACGAGUGCGCCGGCAGCCCGUGCCGUAACGGGGCGCGGUGUGAGAACACGCAGGGCUCCUACCACUGUAACUGCAGCCAGGGGUACAGGGGGCGGCACUGCGAGGAAGCCGUGCCCGGUCAGUACGUGUCCACUCCCUGGAACAUCGGACUGGCCGAAGGAAUAGGAGUCGUCGUCUUCGUAACGGUGAUAUUUUUACUGGUGGUGGUGUUUGUUCUCUGCCGCAAAAUGAUUAGCCGAAAGAAGAAACACCAGCCUGGACCUGAAGACAAGCACCUGGGGCCCGCCGCUGCUUUCUCGCAAAGACCCUAUUUUGAUUCAAAGCUAAAUAAGAACAUUUACUCAGACAUCCCACCCCAGGUGCCUGUCCGGCCUAUCUCCUAUACUCCAAGCAUCCCCAGUGACUCUAGGAACAACCUGGACCGGAACUCCUUUGAAGGGUCAGCCAUUCCAGAGCACCCGGAGUUCAGCACUUUUAACCCCGAGUCGGUGCACGGACACAGAAAAGCCGUGGCCGUCUGCAGUGUCGCCCCCAACCUGCCUCCCCCGCCUCCUUCAAACUCUCCUUCUGACAGCGACUCCAUACAGAAGCCUAACUGGGACUUCGACUACGACACUAAAGUGGUGGACCUGGAUCCCUGUCUGUCCAAGAAACCUCUGGAGGAAAAGCCUUCUCUUCCAUACAGUGCCCGGGAAAGCCUGUCUGAAGUGCAGUCUCUGAGCUCCUUCCAGUCGGAAUCAUGCGAUGAUAAUGAGUCUUUGGCUGCUCCUGACCUCAGCAAAUCACGAGGGUAUCACUGGGACACGUCAGACUGGAUGCCGAGUGUUCCCCUGCCAGACAUACAGGAGUUUCCCAAUUACGAGGUCAUUGAUGAACAAACACCCCUGUACUCGGCAGACCCAAAUGCCAUCGAUACAGAUUAUUACCCCGGAGGUUACGACAUUGAAAGCGAUUUCCCGCCACCACCAGACGACUUCCCUGCGCCUGAUGAGCUGCCGCCCUUACCCCCAGAAUUCAGCGAUCAGUUUGAAUCCAUACACUCCCCUAGAGACACGCCUGCGGCAGGUUCUUCAGCAAGGAACUGGCAGAGGUUCAGCUUGAAUCAGUAUCUGCCCAGUUUCUAUCCCGUCGAUGUGUCUGAACCUCAAAAAACAGGCCCUGGGGAGAGCAGUACUUGUAGAGAACCCUUUGCCCCUUACGCUCCAGGGUAUCAAAGGAACUUCGACGCCCCCGCUGUAGAAAACCUGGCCAUGUCCGUGUACGUCCCCACAGCUUCCUGCUCUGAUGUGUCCGCCUGCUGCGAAGUGGAGUCCGAGGUCAUGAUGAGUGACUAUGAGAGCGGAGACGAUGGCCGCUUUGAAGAGGUGGCGAUUCCGCCGCUGGAUCCGCAGCAGCAUACGGAAGUUUGACGCUCACACUCCCCCCCAAGUGCCUGGACCUGAUGAGCCGAGAGACGAGACCAAUAACCUUCUGCGUCGUUGUGUGCACAGUGCUGAAGCGCUUUCCUCGGUGAGCCCCAGAGGGCAUGCCCGCGCUGGAUCACGCACCUCUUGACACGUUAGCCAUUUCCAGUGUCCUAACAUACUGUAAUUGGAUGAGAUUUACCUUGGCUGUGCCAUGUCUGAGCAUCUUUUUUGUAUUUACAUUUGUCUGUUAAAAUGAAGUGAAAAUUAGUCCUACCGUCUUGUUAGCCUGACUCAUGUAUUUAUGUAGAUUUGAUUAUUUUAAUUUUUCCUUUUUGUAAAUUUCAUGUACAGAUUUGAUUUUCCAUAGUUAAAACUCAGUUUCCAAGAUACUGUAUGCAUUUGUUUUUGGCUGAAUUUUGGCGGUGGUAGUGACAUUACGUAGCACCCUGAUUUUUUUUAGUAUAACCAGGGUUUCAUUCUAUGUUGUUUUCCUCUGACGUAUGACAUUUCAUUAAUGCAUUUCAAUGUAGUCUUUCAUUUCUGGUUGUACAUAGAACGGGCAAGAUCUGGUACAUGGACAUGUCUGGAAUGGGUUACUGUAUUUCAGAAUUAUGCACAUUUUUCAUUAUUGGAAAGUGUAAACCUUCUGCAUACCUGCUUAGACCCCAGACACCACGACACAGUUUUUAUAGUGUCUGUAUAUUUGUGAUGCUAUGGUCUUGUAAAGGUUUUUA